AUGUUAAUCGAAAAACAUAAUAAAGUCAUUUCGCUUUCCGACAACAUUAAAAAAUUAUUGUCUAUUUUCUGCUUGAUGCAAAUUAUUUUGAAUACUUUACUUAUUUGCUGCAUAGGAUUCAUUAUCGUAAUAUCCCUUUCUAAUGAAGCCGGUAUCUUUGUGUUGGUGAAAGUCGUUGUCGGCUACUUUGCCAUAAUGACAGAAACUUUUAUUCUUUGCUUUGCUGGAGAAUAUCUCAGUCACAAGAGUAUAUCUAUUGCCGAUGCAGCGUAUGAUUCGUUAUGGUACGAUUUGCCGUCAUAUCAGAGUAAAAUUAUAACAUUCAUAAUAAUGAGAUCCCAGUCGCGACUAACAAUCUCUGCAGGAAAAUUCACGAAUUUAUCCUUGGAAGCUUUUACGACUAUCGUAAAAGCUUCGGCGUCGUAUAUAUCUGUCUUUCUUACGAUAUAUUAA